AUGAAGGCGGUCAUAAUCCCCAGAGAUACAAAAGUGUAUCGACCAUCAACCCUACAGAACCACGAUUCUGGUGGCCGUUUGCGGUUUAUAGCCAGCCUGGACACCGCACAGGAUGACCCUAAAAUAGCAAGGCAGGCAUACAGCGGCCGUUUCCUCAACCCAAGGCCUAGUGAGUCUAUCUCACAUAUGUCGAACACUGCCGCAAAUUUCGAGGCUUCACGGCUAGUAUCUGGGACACCAAAACAUGUGGAGUGUAAUCCAUCGUUCGGUAUAUAUGUUAGAACGCCCGGCACAUCCUGCUUGUUCGCAAGCGCUCUCGACCACGCAGAAAGACUGGAGUGCUUCGUGAUCACGAGGCUGGUAUCUAAGUAUCUCCAAGCCCAUUUCGGAAAGGACCACCACUAUUGGCCUCCCAAUGUCCGGCGCAAAACACCGCUUUAUCUUAGUACGGAAGAGAAGAAGCUAGUUCUGUUGCACUGGUUCCAUAGAAUCCCAGUUGAGUAUCUGGUGAGCGCUCCUUUUAAUCAGCAUGCCACGUCACGACUGUCGUCAAGGAUACUGGAACGGCUGGAGGCUGCCUGCCUUGAUUGCUCAUGUCGCAUUCAGAACUAG